ACUGUCCCAGAAUGCAAUCUGGUAAACAGACAUGGAAGCACCAGGUGAAGACCUCCUCAGAAGCUGAACGCUGCCUCCGUUCCUCUCACGCCGUCCCUGUUUGCCGUUCGCCCGGCGCAUCCAGUCGCUGUUCACCGGCCCGGGGACUCAGUUAGAGCUCCAGCAUCCGGAGGCUCGAUAGCCUCUCCAGUGUGUGUGCCAGCUUGUAGACACCCAAACUGAUGAGGAUUGGCUGAUCAAGCUAAAAAUAAGCUUCUUGUUCCUUUCUUGUGUCAAGCGGAAAGAAUGUCGGAAAGGGCCGAGGAUGACGUCAGGGGGGAGCAGCGCCGAGCGGCCAGGCAGCAGCUGAAGCAGCAGCAGCAGCAGAUCCAGCGGGGAGAAGGCUCCACAGCAAUGGCGACUGUUACGGAGCGGAGAUCGCUGCCUAGUCCUGAAAUAAUGCUGGGACAGCCUUGGAGCAGCUGGGUCGACGCCGCCAAACUCCACGGACACGACGGUGCUGAAUCGGAGGAAAGUUUCAAAGACUUGGGGAAAAAUCGAGAAGCCAUGCGUUUGUACAGAGAAGACAUGCCCAUAUUCGGUCAGUGUCCCGCGCAGGACGACUUCUACUUGGUGAUGUGCAGCCACUGCGGUCAUGUGGUCAAGCCACAAGCCUUCCAAGCACACUACGAGAGGCGGCACAGCUCUACCAGCAAGCCUCCCUCCGCGUCGCUCUUCCCAGUGUCGGGCAGGAAUCGAAGUGCCGGCAGUGGACUGAGCUCGGGGGCCGCGGCCGGAGUGACAAGUGGAGGGAUCCUCGGCCGAACGUCAGCCGCCGUCUCCAGCGUGUCGUCUUCAUCAUCAUCAUCCUCCAACCCAAAAUUUCAGAAAUCAGCCAAAGAGAAACUGCAAGGCAUUCAGCGAAGACCUCCCCAAGUUAGGACGGGCCAGUCUGACAAAGUCCUUACCCCAGCUGUUCAGGUGGAAAAGAUGCAUCUAAAGGGGGACUCGUCAGCUAAGCUGGCGCAGGCUCCAUCGGCCCCCGCCGCCACCUCCUCCUCCUCUUCUACACCCUCCUCUAACACCACUGUGAGCACUGCCGCCGCCAUGACUUCCACGUCCUCCUCCUCCUCAGCGUCGUCGUCAUCAUCCCUUAAACCAGGCCUUAACUGUCCCUCCAUACCAAAGCCUCCACUGCUGGGAUCCGGUCCCAUUCCCAACGGCAAGGGCCUCCCCGCAGACAAGAAGCAAGACAGCGGCACCAGUAGCAAACGCCACGUUAACAAGAAGGUGUCAGAGCGUGAGUUCAAUCCUGACGUUCACUGUGGCGUUAUGGAUGCUACAGGUCGGAAACCCUGCACAAGAUCACUAACAUGCAAGACACAUUCCUUAAGCCAUCGGAGGGCCGUGCCUGGACGGAGGAAGCGCUUCGACAUAUUGCUGGCAGAACACAAGAACAGAACGAGAGAGCGGGAGAGGGAACGAGAACUGCACCAAACCCAUUCCCAGCAAACCGCCCCUCUCAGGGACCCACACCCCUCUCCCCAGCUCGCCCCUAGCCAUGACACCCACCCGGUUUCUCAUGGCAACGGACCAGCCCCCGAUACCACAAAGCCUUCGCCAUUCGGAAAGCCCAAAUUUCACAGUCCUGGUCUUCCACGACUGAACAACAGUCAUGCUGGAGGCUCCUCUGGAGAUCCUUCAGUAGUCCACCAGUCCCCGCACCAUCCCCAGUCUGCCCCGGACGCUUUAUCCAGACCCUCGAGUGACGAGGGAGAAAACGAGGAGCGGGAAGAUGGCGCAGACAAACUGGACUGUCUCUAUUCAGGUUACCACCCACGACCGGCAGCUUACUGUACCUUUGGAAGUCGACUGAUCGGGAGAGGCUUUUACUCCUUUGAUAGGCGAUGGGACAGAGUGCGAUGUGCCCUAACCACGAUGAUGGAAAAGCACGUCAACGCUCAGAUGUGGAAGAAAAUCCCCCUGGCCUCGGAGAAUUCCUCUCUUGGACCUCCCCAUAGGACAAGCACAAAUUCCCACAGUAGCACUCCCUCGUCAGGCUUCCUGAGCCCCCCGGCAACCUUGCCCCAAACCCCCUAUAGCCAAUCGAGCGAGAGCAAGUCAUCGCUCUCCUACGGGACCACCUUAAACGCUCACAGCUCCCUUCAGGGCGGGCCUGAGCACCCGGCCUUUGGCACCACGCAGGCCAGACAAGUGUCUUCGUCGCCGCAGAUGCCUUCAGCCCACUUGUCCUCAUCCUCGUCUUCUUCAGCUCCUCCCCUCGCCUCAGGCCGGGCGCUGAAGUCGCGUUCGUCCAGCAGCAGCAGCAGCACCACUACCAAAUCCUCUUCCUCAUCCUUCAAGCCCAAGGAGAUCUCCUCCAGCUCCUCCACCCCGGCCACACCCAACUCGGCCAGUGGGGGAGGCGCCGGAGCGAGCUUCAACAGUAGCAGCACUGGCUUCAGCUCGGGAAAGAAGAGGAAGAACAGCUCUGUCCUUUCUUCGUCCCAUUGCGCUUCUGAAUCCUCCUCCAACGCCAACUUCCCUUCAUCAUCGUCGUCAUCCUCCUCGUUCAAGAAGAACUGUGCAAACGUCGGCAGCUCAGGGAGCACCUACCACCAUAGCUCAUUAGGACCGUCAUCCUCGUUAUCCUCCUCCCACAGUGGAGUUCACAGCGUGGGCCUAAACUGUGGCCCCAGCGUGCGGACCAACUCACUCAGCCUCAAGGCGGAGCCUUCCGGAGGCUCGGCGGGCGGCUCCUCGGGGCCGCCGACACGCGGCCCUCCCUCAGGCAGCCCGGCGGAGUCCAUAAAGCGCAUGAGCGUCGUGAUGAACAGCAGUGACUCAACUCUUUCUCUGGGGCCUUUUGUCCAUCACCAGCCCACCUCCUCGUCAGACCACCACACCAACUUUAGUCACCACUCCUCAGACGGUCGCCUCGACGCCAAGAAGCGCAAAAGCUCCUCGGCUUCCAGCGGCAUUAACAGCGGAGGCGGCGGCCUGGGAAGGGACGGAGCGGCGGGAGGAACCGGACCGGGCAGACCCAAGAUGACAAAGUCCCCGGCCCUUAACAACAUCCACGGGAAGCAUAGUCGAAGCAUUCCAGGGACGCCAGGUCUGCCCAACAACUCUCAUUUACAUCAGCCAAAAGCUCGUCCCUGACAGCGACUCGCCGCCUCUGCGAUGGAGACGGGCAGACGGAGGAAAGUCCAGAGUGCUCUGCAAACUGUUCCGGACUGCACGAGGCCUUGUGAAAUAAAACCCACAUUACUCUCAGCUUCCCACAAUCCUCAGGGUGGAGAUGAUCCGGACUGCCCAGUGAAGUAGACGUGGUCCUUACUAUUUCUCCCAAAGCCAUGUGUGCAUCGAGUGUGUGUGUGCGUGUGUGUCUGAAGAGAGGUGGAUGGGGCAGAGGUACAGAAUGCAAUGUAGAACCCCCCCCACACCCCACACCCCACACCCCCACCUGGAGGGGGUCCUGUCCCAGUAAUCAGAGAGGUCUUCCCAGCUGUUUCGGAGGUAGAGGGAACACAAGCCGAUCUUUUCUGUGUAAGUUGUGUGAAAGUGAGUAAAUGCGUGAGUGUUUAUUUCUUUCCCCCCCAUGUCAGAUUCUGCUGGAGCCCCCCAACUUAAUUACACCCCCGUCGCCUGAUCUCAGAAGCCUUGCAAGGAGAGCUGGAGGAGAUGCAAAGUGAAAAUUGCAACACCUUACAACAACAUUCAACUGCUUUUUAAAAAAUCUUUUACAGUCUGAUACGUUCGGCGACCUCGGGUUUCCCGCCAUCGCCUGUGACUUGCCCCCACCCCCCCACCUCCCCCUCCCCCUCCCCAAGUGGAUAAUCUGGUCAACUCCAUAACCAUCCAGAAUAAUUAUGCAAGUGCUACCUUUUUCUGAUUUCUUAUGAGCUUUUUACACUGUACUACAAAGGGUCUUUGUAGACUUGGUGAAAGAUGGUUGUGCUUUUUUUUAAAUGUGAAAAAGGACACCUGAUGUGCCCACUGGAUUGAUCCUUUUGUUGGAGAGAAAAGGUCUGUUCCUGAAGGGGUGGGGGGGGGGGGGAAGACACCCGUUAGGUUCCUGAAUCUAUACACGUGCAAAAAUGACCACAGCAACAGCAGACCUGCUCCCAAAACUGUGAACGGCACUAAAUCGUUUCUCUGCUUAGCUUUCCACAGAGCUCACCAGAAGCUGCCACAGCUUUGCCAGCUACUUUAUUUGUAACUUUUUGAUAACAAAAGAAAAAAAAAAGGAGGGCGGGGGGGUGGCUCAUGAAGAAGUAACAGUGCAAUGUGGAUGUGAGGAAAACCUUACCAAGCUGUAUCGUUAUAGCCACAACUUUCCUACUUUAUCCCCACGAAGCUGAAGCUCUCAGCCACGCGGGGACAGAUGUGAAUUGUAAUGUUUUGUUUUAGUUUCUUCACAUGGAAUCGGGUACGGUACGUCUUAACUGGAACAAACUUGCGCGUCUGCUCGUCUUCUGUGGGGUUUACUUGUCCCCCCCCCCCCACUGUCUAACCACUACCGAAUGUCCGGAUGUUACUUUUCCCAGCGCUGCGGUGUGCUGUAAGGAGGGCUGUUCCCUAUGGAGUGCCAAAACUGCAGAAAGUAUUAAAUCAUUAAGUGUUUAUUCAUACAUAAGACCGUUCAAAGACAUCAUCAGACGCUGACAUCUGAUUGGUAACCUUCACAAUAAGGCGACUUUCGACCAAUCACCCUAAGUAGCUGCGACCUCAGCCCACUCGUGAUAAUAGACGAUACCGCCUGAUAAAACGUUCGUGAUGUGCAUCCAAUUGUCCAAAAAUAAUUGGUGUAAUAAGUAUUUUUAAUAAUCAAAAUCCAAUUCUGUGGUUAAUUAUAUAUUUAUAAAUUCUUUAUGCAUUUGUUUGAUAAUUUUUAUUCUAUCAAAUUGAGGCACUUUUGGAUCUCCAUAGACAACCCCGCGCUGUGCUAAUCCAGGUAGAUCUCAUUAAAGUGGUAUUAUCUCUGAGAAGUUAUUUUAGCUAAUUAAAAAGCAAAACUCCUUUAUAUGAUUGCUGUAUUUCAGAGGUUUAUUUCUAUCCAGCCUGGAUAUUAUGGCUUACGGCCGACCAAAACCUAAUGUUAGGUUUCUGGGAUAAUCACCAGAAACGCCAGCAGAUGAUGUCUCCCAAAAUUAAAACUUUACACUGGAGCCCAGUUAACUUGGGAUUCUGUGCCUCUCCGCUCUUCCUCGCUGCAGUCGAGACUUUGAUCUUAAACUAAAAAGCAGCGUUUGCUUUUGUCUGAAAGGAAGACUUUGGACCAGGGAGCAAAGUUCUACCUUCUGUCCCUUCCCCUACUCGGGCGAUUCUGCAUUUUCCCCUUUUUUUUCAGGACCCGGCAGAGUGCACCUGCCGUUGGUAUCCUGGAGAUGUUUGGAUGCUCUUGAAAUCCACAUUUGGGGAAUCUCUCCCAAGGCUGCAGUUAUUUCUGUUGCUUGAUCAUCAUUUCUAACCAUACUUCAUAUUAAUAUAUGCUUGGAGUCGUUACUCUGCUUUAGCAAAGAGCCUUUGUGGCCUGUGGAAGGUGUCAGCGACUGCUGGACAACUGUCAAAACGUCUUCCCCGCGAUUGUGUCCUUUAUCGGUCUAAUGUAAAAUCAAAAUGAACAUUUUAAAUAGAUCCCUCCAAGUCCGAGAUCCACAGUUUGAAUUCUUUGAACAAAUGUUGGAUAAUCAAAUUGUAGAUUGAUGCAUGUAAACUUUAUCUAAAGUGAUAGCUAAGACAGGCCAUACCUGCCCAUCCUAUCAGAAUGUCUGUUUCUGAACCGUGGUUUCAGGUGUUUUAUGGUGCGAGAUUCAUGGAGAUGGCUUCACGAAAAAUCGGAGCUUUUUGGCACUCCCGUUGGUUAAAAAAGAAAAAAAAAAAUCCCUCACUGAUGUCAAAUAGAGUCAAAACUUUUCUUUUCUUCUCUUUUAGGAAAGACUCUUUAAUUGACGCUGUUUUCUUGUAGCCUAUGUAUCAAACAGGUGUCCCUAUUUGAGAAAUACGUAUUUUGGUAACAAAUUGUACAUAGUAAAAGGUAUGUAUUUUUGCACGGGCAUUUUUUUUUUCUUCCUUUUCCUACACGCAGAUUUUUUUUUUUGGUACAGUUUUGAAGAUUAUUUAUUUAUUAAAGACAGGAAAGAAAAAAAAAAAAAAGAAAAAAAAUCUGUCUGCGGACACGACUAUUUGAAGUGGUUCACUGCCAAGUCUAUACAAUGCAAUACAGCCGUACGUCGUCGAAGCAUCUCAUGAAUCGCUGUACUCCACCUUUAAGGAGGGCCAGGGAGAUGUCGCCACUGUAGCACGCGUCCGUACGAGAGAUACCUUUAUUCGCCUAACCAAGGUCUGAAUCACAUGUGCUUUUACCACACGGUUUUACGUUGCCUACAAAUCCAACUCUAUGUAACCCCCCCCCUUCCCUCGUUAGCCUGAACUUUGAGACGCCAUGGCCUGGAGCUAGCUGAGCCUGAUCUCCUCACAAAAAAAAGAAAAAUAUUUUAGGGACUUAUCAGUUCUUCGCUGUGUAGACUUUAACAUUUCUUGAUUGGCUGGGGAGAAAAAAAAAAAAAAAAAAGACUCUACAGGGAGUUGGCGAUCUUUGCGAGAGGAAAUAUUGGAACCAGUCCAGUCGAUUAAAUCCCCGCUCCUACAGAAUGAGUUCAGCAGCUUUUAGGAAGAGAUAUCAAAUCAAGAAAGUGCCUGAAUUAGUUUCUCCCCCGACUCUUUGAGGACAGUAUUCGUUGGGGUCGUUUUUUUUUAACCCCUACUUGAAUGUUCAAAGUAUUGGAGUUUGGUUUAAUAUCAGCCUGUGAACCCUUAAAGCCCGAGCUUCUCAUCUACUCAGUAAAAAAGCAACUUUGUUUUCCUUCAGACAGCGUAGAAAUUUAGUUACGUUCACCUUUUCUUUUUUUUUUUUUUGUUGUGGAUGGAAACAUUGUGGAUGUUUUGUUUUUAUAUCCGCACCGCAGACCUGGAAUGUUAACGUGAGACAGAAAACGGCUCAUGUGUGGAAAGGAGGGGAGGAAAACGAACAAAAAGCCUCCUCCCCCCCCCAGCACCACCAUUCAUACUUUGUAAAAGCGUGUAUAGGUUUUUGUUUUCUGUAUACAUGAUCAGAAUCAUUUUCAGCUGGACUUAACGUAUUGGCUGCUAUGUAAUUCAUGAACAAAACAUAGGCUAGAAUUAAUAUUUAAAGAAAAAGAUUGUAUAGUAUAUUUGUUUUGUAACAAGUUUGUGUAAAUAAAAUAAUUUAUACUGUUAUUUAUAUGAAA